CAAGAUAACCUAAUGCAGGCUUUUAUGUAUUUUCAAUAUCCUUAUCUGUCAUAGGAAGUGUUUUCGCCACCUGGUGGCCAUUGAGAAACACUGCCAGGGGUGGGGAUUGAACACUCAUCGCUCUCAUAGACGCUCGCCGGUGUUUCGAAUUAAGCUAAUUUCUUUGACAAUUUCAGUGUCUAAUCACAAUAAGGGAUAACCAACAGAAACAGUGUUCAAAGUUUUAAGGAAAUUGUGUGAAAUGACCGGAAGAUUACCGGCUUGUGUGAUCGACAUCGGGACUGGGUAUUCCAAACUUGGAUAUGCUGGCAAUAAAGAGCCUCAGUACAUCAUUCCUUCAGCUAUAGCCAUCAAAGAGACAGCAAAAGUUGGUGACCAAGCUGCGAGAAGGUUAGGGAAAGGAAUUGAAGAUCUCGACUUCUUUAUUGGUGAUGAAGCACUGGAAGCUGCAGGAUAUUCAGUUAAAUAUCCAGUGCGACAUGGCAUUGUAGAAGAUUGGGACCUCAUGGAACGGUUUCUGGAACAGAGCAUAUUUAAAUAUCUAAGAGCAGAACCUGAAGACCACCACUUUCUGCUUACGGAGCCUCCUCUGAAUACCCCAGAGAAUAGGGAAUAUACUGCUGAGAUUAUGUUUGAAUCCUUUAAUGUUCCUGGCUUGUACAUAGCCGUCCAAGCAGUCCUAGCUCUGGCAGCUUCAUGGACUUCUAGGCAAUUAGGUGAAAGAACCUUAACUGGUAUUGUGAUUGACAGUGGUGACGGAGUUACCCAUGUGAUCCCAGUGGCUGAAGGCUAUGUUAUUGGAAGUUGCAUAAAGCACAUCCCAAUUGCUGGACGCAACAUUACCUAUUUCAUUCAAUCACUUUUACGUGAACGUGAAAUUGGCAUUCCACCUGAGCAGUCGCUUGAGACAGCCAAAGCUGUCAAGGAACGAUACUGCUAUAUUUGUCCAGAUAUCGCAAAAGAAUUUGCCAAGUACGAUGCUGAACCAAACAAGUGGAUGCAGAAGUUUGAGGGAAUGAAUUCCAUCACGAAGCAGCCGUUCGGCGUUGACGUUGGCUAUGAACGAUUCUUGGGACCUGAAAUUUUCUUUCAUCCAGAGUUUGCCAACCCCGAUUUCACUACCCCUAUAUCAGAAAUAGUUGAUACAGUGAUUCAAAACUGCCCUAUUGACGUAAGAAGGCCAUUGUAUAAGAACAUUGUAUUGUCUGGUGGAUCGACCAUGUUCAAAGAUUUUGGUCGACGGCUGCAACGAGAUAUCAAGCGUGUUGUUGAUGCACGACUCAAAACCAGUGAACAGCUGAGUGGAGGGAAACUGACGCCGAAGCCUAUAGAUGUUCAAGUGGUAUCCCAUCACAUGCAACGCUAUGCGGUAUGGUUUGGCGGAAGUCUGCUCGCUUCAACGCCCGAGUUUUAUCAAGUGUGUCAUACCAAAGCUGCAUAUGAAGAAUAUGGGCCAAGUAUUUGUAGGCACAAUCCAGUCUUUGGGACAAUGACAUAAUAACCUAUAGAACAAAA